AUGACGGAGGGAAUCGUAACAGGAGAAAGUGAUUUUGAUGUCAAUUUGAUUACGGAAUUAUUUGAGAACUCACUUGUGGGUGACAAUGACGUUAGCCUGCCGUUAUACAUUGACGCAUAUCGACAAAUUAACAAAUUUUUCCCACUCCUCAGUAAAGGAUUUUCUUUUGUUGAGAAAGAUUUAUUGGAAAAAGAAAAAAUCCUGCAUGAGUUACAUGCAGCCGAUCCGGCUCACUAUGACACUGUAAAUAGCAUGGUAUCUUGGGAAUGUCGCUCGGGUGCACCAUCUGAAAAAGGUUCAAGGACAUUACUACGAUUGCAUAGAGCUCUAUUAUUUAUCGUUGAUUUCUUGAAAAAUUUGAAAGAUUCCCGUGAAGGAGAUCAGAUUUCAGCAUUAUGCCAGGAAAGUUAUGAUAGCACGCUAUCGAAACAUCAUAGUUGGAUUGUUAGGAAGCUUGUUGGCGUAGCGAUCCAUUUCCUUUCAUCUCGGGAUUAUUUGUUGAAUGUGCUUGUAAAUGAGAGGAGUCCGCAAUAUGAGCAUGAAGUUAAGCAGGCAAUUACUAAGCUUAUUGAUGUUACAGAAAAAGUUUUCCAUCGCUUACAACAAAUCUAUGAGAGUAAAAACAUUUUGAAUCUCCCCUAA